AUGUAUCAGAUAUGGUUGGCUUUUAUCGACAAAGGCAAAUUUCAUAAAAGUUUCACUCUCUGCUUUGAUCUUGGAGGUCUCCACCACCGACGAUUACGCCAUCCUUCCAAUCUUCUCAAGAGAUUUGGUAUAGUCCUAGGGUUUGUUCGUAUGUGCCGCUUCGGAUGGCUCGGCUUCGCCGGAGCAGAUAUAAGAGGGAUAGAGAGCGUCCGAUCCGUGUUAUAA